AUGAGCGUCACGCGGGUUGAUGACUCAACCUACGCCUCCCAUAUCUCGGUUGAGAUCCACCAUCUAUACCACUUCAUCCCAGGCGUCUUUCGCCCCGACAACGGACAGCUGCCCGGGCUGUACGCGCAAUGGAAGAGAUGCCUAGCUAUCGUUGACUACUCGGUCUACGAUCUGUACGCGGUCGCCAUCGGCGAGCACUUCGAAGCUCACGGAGUCACGGUCACGCUUAAGCGCGCGUACGUCAGUGAGGACCGAAAGAGUAUGGAGACCGCCUUGGAGUUCUGCCAGUGGAUGACAGACUUUGAACUGGUCCGCCGAGAGCCGGUUCUCGUCAUUGGAGGUGGUCUUCUCACGGACGUGGCUGGGUUCGCCUGCUCCAUUUAUCGCCGGUCAACUCCCUAUAUCAGGGUCCCAACCACUCUAAUCGGCCUCAUCGACGCCUCUGUCUCGAACCGCGUAGCCGUCAACUGGAACGGGCUCAAGAACCGCAUUGGCGCGUUCUACGAGCCGCUCCAUACCAUCUUCGACCCUACGUUCCUUGGAACCCUCCCGGAGCGCGAGAUCCGGAACGGCCUGGCCGAGAUCCUGAAGAUUACUUCCUGCACCCAUCUCGAGACUUUUGAGUUGCUCGAGAGGUAUGGGAAGCAGCUCAUCGCGUCCCAGUUUGGGCAGUUGAGUUCGGAGGACUGCAGUGCCGACAGCGCGAGUGAGGUGAAGCAGCAUAUUAACAGCAAGGAGAUGAAGGAGAUUGCGGACAAAGUGAUCCGCCAAGCCAUCCGGUGUGUUCUUGAUGCCGAGGUCGGCAACAGUCGUGAGAAGGAUCUCAACCGCGUCAUGUAUUUUGGCCACACCUGGUCGCCCAACCUUGAGCUGGCCGUUAAGCCACCCAUGCUGCACGGCCACGCCGUCUCCGUCGACAUGUGCUAUUCCGCCGCCCUCGCCCUCCAUCUCGGGCAUCUAAGCGAAGCCGCGCAUGACCGCCUCCUGCGUCUCCUCGCCGACCUUGGCCUCGCUCUCAACCACCCCGAGUUCACAUUGGGCCUGCUGAGGGAGGGAACGGCGAAUACCGUGGCCACGCGGGGUGGCAAGCUGAGAGCCCCGAUCCCGACUGCGACCUUGGGGACGUACGUGAUCCUGCAGGAGGUCGAUGACAAGACUCUGGAGGAAGCCUGGCACAUCCACCAGCGGGUGGUUGCUGGCUACCCACGUCAGGGAUUGGGAGUGGAGACGACGGUUGAUUUGAGGCGCUCGAGUGGCCUUGACGGGUGCGAGGGAGGGAUAACGGAUUUUCUGCCCAGUUCUCGAUUGUAA